AGCUGGCACAUAAUAAACUAACAAUGAUCUUCAAUUCUUCAUGGUUUGUGAGUGAGCUAUCAUAACACAUAACAUCAUUCUCUCAGUAGAGAAAGGAGUAAAAGCCGCCAUGACGAAAAUCGCUCUAGGGACCACCCGAGAGGCUACCCAACCCGAUUGCAUUCGGGCCCUCGUUGUCGAGUUCAUAGCCACCUUCCUCUUUGUCUUCACCGGCGUUGCUUCCGCCAUGGCCGCCGAAAAGCUUAGUGAUGGAGAUGGACUAUUGCGUUUGGUUGCUGUGGCCGUGGCAAGUGCAUUUGUGGUGGCUGUGAUGAUUUCAUCCGGUCAUAUCUCCGGCGGGCACCUCAACCCUGCCGUGACCCUUGGGCUGCUGGUCGGCGGGCACAUCACGGUGGUCCGAUCGGUCCUUUAUUGGAUAGAUCAGUUGGUAGCAUCUGCAGCAGCUUCUUACCUUCUUUGCUACCUUUCCCGGGGACUGGCAAUUCCAGUUCAUACUCUAGCAAGUGGAGUUGGGUACAGUCAAGGGGUGAUUUGGGAGAUAGUGUUGACUUUCUCAUUGUUGUUUACUGUCUAUGGAAAUAUGGUGGAUCACAAGAAGGGAGUUCCUACUGGACAGGGGCCCACAAUAGUCGGGUUUGUUGUUGGGGCCAAUAUCCUCGCUGGUGGAGCUUUUUCUGCGGCCUCAAUGAACCCAGCAAGAUCUUUUGGGCCUGCAUUGGUCAUGGGUAACUGGACCGAUCAUUGGAUUUAUUGGGUUGGGCCUCUUAUUGGUGGAGGCCUUGCAGGCUUCAUCUACGAGCAUUUUCUCAUUGACCGUACGCAUACUUUACUCCCUCUUGACGAAGAAAACUAAUCACGAUUUUGGAUUUCAACUUGUUUUUAUUAGCUCCCUAUCAUAUCUAUGGGGUAUUUUAUUUCUUCAUCCUCAACUAAUUUUUUUUUUUUUAGUGUAAUUUGUGAAUUAAAUGUUGGGAAUGCCCUCUUUAUGUAGAAUUAUUAGUUCAUUAAUGAUAUGAACCCGAAUAAAAUUAGAGUUGC